AUGGUCCCAAAGUCCAAGUUCUUUACCCCUCAUUAUCACGAAGUUCUCCAUAUGCCCAGCUGCUGGGAUGCCAGAAGCGCCGAAAGGGUUAAACGUGGCUGGGGAGCCCAGCCACCGCCCCUUCCCAGCAUCGCCUCCCAGAAUGCCUCAGGCUCCCAGCCAGUUCCCGCACCUCGCGAUACUCCGCCCAGUCUCUUCCCCGAACGACUGCCCGGCCCCCUUCUUUACCGAGCUCUGCGCGAGGCGGAGGAAGCGAUCGCGGGGCUGCCGCCGCUGCUGCCGCUGCCGCUGCUGCCGCCGCCGCCGCCGCCGCCGCCGUGGGCGACUGACGCAGCGCGGGCGCGUGGAGCCGCCGCCACCCCUCCCCCACCGCCGCCCUCGCUCCGGGUCUCGCGCCAGCCGGUACUAGAAAACUACUCGGAUGCUCCAAUGACACCAAAACAGAUUCUGCAGGUCAUAGAGGCAGAAGGAUUAAAGGAAAUGAGCGGGACAUCCCCUCUCGCAUGUCUCAAUGCCAUGCUACAUUCCAACUCAAGAGGAGGAGAGGGGCUGUUUUAUAAACUGCCUGGCCGAAUCAGCCUGUUCACACUCAAGAAGGACGCCCUGCAGUGGUCCCGCAGUCCGGUUGCAGUGGAGGGAGAAGAGCCGGAGGACACAGCCGACGUGGAGAGCUGUGGGUCAAACGAAGCCAGCACUGUGAGCGGUGAAAACGACGUUUCCCUUGAUGAAACGUCUUCGAAUGCAUCCUGUUCUGCAGAAUCUCAAAGUCGGCCUCUUUCCAAUCCCAGGGACAGCUACAGGGCUUCCUCACAGGCAAACAAGCAAAAGAAAAAGACUGGGGUGAUGCUGCCGCGAGUUGUCCUGACUCCUCUGAAGGUAAACGGGGCCCACGUGGAAUCGGCGUCAGGGUUCUCGGGCCGCCACGCCGAUGGCGAGAGCAGCAGCCCGUCCAGCAGCAGCAGCGGCUCUCUGGCCCUGGGCAGCGCUGCUACUCGUGGCCAGGCCGAGGUCGCCCGGGACCCUGCCCCGCUCCUGAGAGGCUUCCGGAAGCCGGCCACAGGUCAGAUGAAGCGCAACAGAGGGGAAGAGAUAGAUUUUGAGACGCCUGGGUCCAUUCUUGUCAACACCAACCUCCGGGCCCUGAUAAACUCUCGGACCUUCCAUGCCCUGCCAGCCCACUUCCAGCAGCAGCUCCUCUUCCUCCUGCCUGAAGUGGACAGACAGGUGGGGACAGAUGGCCUCUUGCGUCUCAGCAGCAGUGCACUGAAUAACGAGUUUUUCACUCACGCGGCCCAGAGCUGGCGGGAACGCCUGGCUGAUGGUGAAUUCACUCAUGAGAUGCAAGUCAGGAUCCGACAGGAAAUGGAGAAGGAAAAGAAGGUGGAACAGUGGAAAGAAAAGUUCUUUGAAGACUACUAUGGACAGAAAUUGGGUUUGACCAAAGAAGAGUCAUUGCAUCAGAAGGUGGACCAUGAGGAGGCUGACAUCAAGAAUGACUUGCAUGUCCCAGGAGAAUCAGCACGGCCACAGCGUGGUCCAGCCACCCGGCAGCGAGAUGGGCAUUUCAAGAAACGCUCUCGGCCAGAUCUCCGAACCAGAGCCAGAAGGAAUCUGUACAAAAAGCAGGAGCCAGAACAAGCAGGGGUCACUAAAGACACACAGUCUGUGGCACCAGACAUCCCCCUCUACAAGGAUGGGGAGGCUGAGAGCGACUCAGCAGAGGCGGGCAGCCCUCAUCUGCCUGACACGGCCUCUGUAGCACCCGAACCAGAGAGUACUGAAUUCCUGACCCAACCUGUGGCUUCCCGGACGCAGACCGAUCCAGGCGACCUGGCACGUGCCUCCGUGUCUCCAGACAGGAUUCCCAGCUUGCCUCAGGAGACUGCGGAUCAGGAACCCAAGGAUCAGAAGAGGAAAUCCUUUGAGCAGGCGGCCUCCGCGUCCUUUCCCGAAAAGAAGCCCCGGCUUGAAGAUCGUCAGUCCUUUCGUAACACAAUUGAAAGUGUUCACGCCGAAAAGCCACAGCCCACCAAAGAGGAGCCCAAAGUCCCGCCCAUCCGGAUUCAACUUUCACGUAUCAAACCACCCUGGGUGGUUAAAGGUCAGCCCACUUACCAGAUAUGUCCCCGCAUCGUCCCCAUCACGGAGUCCUCCUGCCGGGGCUGGACUGGUGCCAGGACCCUCGCAGACAUUAAAGCCCGUGCUCUGCAAGUCCGAGGGGCGAGAGGCCACCACUGUCAUCGAGAGGCGGCCACCACUGCCAUCGGAGGGGGGGGUGGCCCGGGUGGAGGUGGCGACGGGGCCACCGAUGAGGGAGGUGGCAGAGGCGGCGGCAGUGGUGAUGGUGGUGAGGCCUGUGGCCACCCUGAGCCCAGCGGAGCCCCGGGCACCCCUGGAGAGUGUGCGUCAGAUCUACAGCGAACACAACUACUGCCGCCUUGUGCUCUGAAUGGGGAGCAUAUCCAGGCUGGGACUGCCGUGUCCAGAGCCAGGAGAGAGGACCUGAUUGUUCUCAGAAAGGAGAGCUGCCCACGGCAGAGGGUUCCAGAUGUCCUCACAAGUGGACUGGAAGAUGCCUCCCAACUCCCCGUUGCUCCCACCGGGGACCAGCCGUGCCAGGCUUUGCCCCCACUGUCCUCCCAAACCCCAGCCCCAGAGAGAUCAGUUGAGCAGCGUACGUUGCAUCUAGAUGUUAGAACUGAACACGAGUCUGGUACCACUUCCUCGGAAAGCGAUGAUGAGGAUCGAGGACCCUCUCUUUCCCCAGAGGGUUGUCCUGUGCAGUCUCUAGUGGGGGAUGUUGUAUUGGAAGGAGGACCUGGCCAAGCUCUAGACCGAGACAGUAUCCCCACCAUGAAGGAUCCUGUGAAUGUGACUCCUAGUUUCCCCACUGAAUCACCAUUGGCUGGUUGCCUGCAGGAUAGACUGUGUGAUGAGGAAUUAGGACUUGGUGACUCAUGCCCACCCACGAGGGAAAGUGCUACUAGACAAGAAGACUUGACAGCUGAGGCCCUCGUCUCUGAUGGUGCUGCUCCUUGGGUGCCUGGCCUGUCAAAGGAUGAAGCAGUGGGACAGCCUGGACCAGACUCCAGGGAACAUGUCCCAUCUGGUGAGCCCCAGGCCGUGGAAGAGUGGGAGAAAGCUGCCCCCCUCAUUCCUGCGUUACCUGGGGAGUUGACAGCUGGGGAGGGCCUAGGCCACCCUGACCACUUCCCUUUGCUCUGGACAGUGCCACCUCGAGGGAGUGCUGAUGCCGGCACUGGUAGCGACUGCAAACCGGUAGAAGGUGGAAGGUUGAAAAUCAAUGGAGACUCUGAAGCCCUGAGUCCUCAUGGCGAGUCCACAGACACGGCUUCUGACUAUGAAGGCCACCUGUCUGAGGACAACAGCAAGGCUGACCCCAAUAAGGCCACCGUGGUGAAGAGAGCCUUGGUGGCGGACACGGAUGAGAAACACAGUUGGAACCACUCUGCUUCACUCUCCAAAGUGAACGGUGACCAGAGUCUGGUUACAAGGACAGACAGCAUGGCUGCUACUCAGAGCUGGGUGUCUCGUGUAUGUGCAGUCCCCCAAAAGGUUCCAGAUUCCCUGCUGCUGGCCAGCACCGAGUACCAGCCGAGGUUCAUGUCUCUGGGCAGGCCUGGGUCCUCAGCGGAGGCCACUAACCCACUUGUGAUGCAGUUGCUGCAGGGUAACUUGCCCCUAGAGAAGGUUCUUCCUCCAGCCCAAGUCACCGGCAAACCUGAAUCCCCACGCCUCCCGCUUACGAAAGAGCAGAGCCUUGGCGGCUCCCUGGGAGUGGGAUCUUUGCAGGAUUUGGCAGAAAACAGUUGCGCAGUUGGCAAGAGCAGCUCCCGUUCUUUAAGAGCUUCAAAGGAGCCUCUUCUACCUGAAAGCCUUGAAGCAAGCACUGGUCUUGCCAGGCUGGAGCCCACCCAGGCUCCUGGAGCACCUCAGAAGAUUUCCAAGACAGUCCCAAGUCUAGACUCUCUCUGUCCAGGGACAGAGCUGACGGCUGCCUCUGGGAAAGUAGAAGUGGAUUCCAAAGAGCAGUUCUCUCCUGCUAGUUCGGAAGAUCAGAAGGAAGCCCGUGACGUGUCCCAGUGCAGUAAUUCAAAUGCUGCCCCAGGCAGAAGUCCCGGAAAUCUCACUACCUCGAGAGCCCCUUGUUUCUCAUCUUCAAACGCGAUCUCCUUGGCUCCCGAUCAGACAGGUCGGGCCCUGGGUAAUCAGAACAGUGCUGGAGGCCAAGGGAAGAAGCUCUUUGGCCCCAGGAAUGAGGCUGCAGCCCUUCAGCAACCCAGACCCGUGGAGCCAACGCCACUGCCCUCUGAUGCCCCUCCUGGUUUUCCCAGUCGGAAGUUGGGGCCAAGCAAAAACUCUGUGUCCGGUGGGGUACAGACCGCCAGGGAAGACUGGGCUCCAAAGCCACCGCCUGCCUCUGUUGGCAUCAAGAGUGAGAAGACUUUUGGGGGGGGUCCUCUCAAGGCAAAUGCCGAGAACAGAAAUGCCACUGGGCCUGGUCCUCGGGAGCUGGUGGAUCACUUGCAAGGGAUGCCCUUUGUCCUUGACCUGCCCUUCUGGAAAUUACCCCGAGAGCCUGGGAAGGGGCCUGGUCAGCCUCUGGAGCCUUCCUCCAUCCCCUCCCAACUCAAUAUCAAACAGGCAUUUUAUGGGAAGCUUUCCAAACUCCAGCUAAGUUCCACCAGCUUUAAUUAUUCCUCCAGCUCCCCCACCUUUCCCAAAGGCCUUGCUGGGAGUGUGGUGCAGCUGAGCCACAAAGCCAACUUCGGUGCGAGCCACAGCGCGUCCCUCUCCUUGCAGAUGUUCACUGACAGCAGCUCGGUGGAAAGCAUCUCGCUGCAGUGCGCGUGCAGCCUGAAAGCUAUGAUCAUGUGUCAGGGCUGUGGCGCGUUCUGUCACGAUGACUGUAUCGGACCCUCAAAGCUCUGUGUAUUGUGCCUUGUGGUGAGAUAAUAAAUUAUGGCCAUGGGAAAA